CCGCCGCCCGACCCUGAGGAGAAUGUCCCAAAAAUCUUGGAUAGAAAAUACUUUCACCAAACGGGAAUGUGUGUACAUUAUACCAAGUUCAAAGGACCCUCACAGAUGCCUUCCAGGAUGUCAGAUUUGUCAGCAACUUGUCAGGUGCUGCUGUGGACGCUUAGUCCGGCAACAUGCUUGCUUUACGGCAAGUCUCGCUAUGAAAUAUUCAGAUGUGAAACUGGGUGAAAAUUUUAACCAGGAGAUAGAAGAAUGGUCAGUAGAAAAACAUACUGAGCAGAGUUCCACAGAUGCUUACGGCAUCAUUAACUUUCAAGGAGGCUCCCAUUCCUAUCGGGCUAAGUAUGUGCGACUGUCCUAUGACACCAGACCUGAAGCCAUUCUACAGCUUAUGCUUAAGGAAUGGCAGAUGGAACUGCCAAAGCUUGUUGUUUCUGUUCAUGGAGGAAUGCAGAAAUUUGAACUUCAUCCACGCAUCAAACAGCUGCUUGGUAAAGGGCUUAUUAAAGCUGCAGUGACAACAGGAGCCUGGAUUAUAACUGGAGGAGUGGAUACAGGAGUUGCCAAACAUGUUGGGGAUGCUCUCAAAGAACAUGCCUCUCGAUCAUCUCGAAAGAUUUGCACUAUUGGGAUAGCUCCUUGGGGAGUGAUUGAAAACAGAAAUGACCUCAUCGGGAGAGAUGUGAUUGCUCCAUAUCAAACCCUACUAAACCCUUUAAGCAAACUGAAUGUCCUGAAUAAUCUCCAUUCCCAUUUCAUACUGGUAGAUGACGGAACAGUGGGCAAAUAUGGAGCAGAAGUAAAGUUGCGACGAGAACUGGAAAAAACAAUCAACCUGCAAAGGAUCCACGCAAGAAUUGGCCAGGGUGUCCCUGUUGUGGCACUCAUAUUUGAAGGUGGUCCCAACGUUAUCCUCACUGUUUUGGAAUACCUGCAGGAAAGUCCUCCUGUGCCAGUCGUUGUCUGUGAGGGAACUGGCAGAGCGGCAGACAUCUUGGCUUAUGUUUAUAAGCAAACUGAAGAGGGAGGAAAUAUUCCUGAGGGAGCUGAACCUGAAAUCAUUUCAACCAUCAAAAAAACAUUUAAUUUUGGUCAGAGUGAAGCAGUUCAUUUCUUCCAAACAUUGCUGGAGUGCAUGAAAAAGAGAGAGCUUAUCACUGUGUUCCAUAUUGGAUCUGAUGAGCAUCAAGAUAUCGAUGUUGCAAUCCUUACAGCACUACUAAAGGGCACAAAUGCUUCUGCCUUUGACCAGCUUGUCCUUACUCUUGCGUGGGAUCGAGUUGACAUUGCCAAAAAUCAUGUUUUUGUUUAUGGACAGCAGUGGCUGGUUGGAUCUUUAGAGCAGGCAAUGUUAGACGCCCUGGUAAUGGACAGAGUUGCCUUUGUCAAACUUCUUAUUGAAAACGGAGUAAGCAUGCACAAAUUUCUCACAAUCCCAAGGCUUGAGGAACUUUACAACACCAAACAAGGCCCCACCAACCCAGCGCUCUUUCACCUUGUUCGAGAUGUCAAACAGGGAAACCUUCCUCCGGGAUACAAACUCACUUUGAUAGAUGUGGGGCUUGUUGUUGAAUAUUUAAUGGGAGGAACCUACAGGUGUACUUACACACGAAAACGCUUCAGAAUGAUAUACAACAGUCUCAGUGGCAACAAUCGGCGUUCUGGGCGAAAUGCUUCAGGCAGCACCCCUCAGUUGCGUAAAAGCCAUGAGCCUUUUGGUAACAGGGUGGAUAAGAAAGAGAAAAUGCGACAUAAUCACUUCAUCAAAACUGCACAGCCUUACAAACCAAAGGCCGAUACGACUACAGAAGAAGGAAAAAAGAAGAAAACCAAAGAUGACAUCGUAGAUAUUGAUGAUCCAGAGACAAGGCGCUUUCCUUAUCCUCUUAAUGAGUUAUUACUGUGGGCAGUACUAAUGAAGAGGCAGAAGAUGGCUCUUUUCUUCUGGCAGCACGGUGAAGAGUCCAUGGCCAAAGCCUUAGUGGCCUGCAAGCUGUACCGGUCGAUGGCCUAUGAAUCCAAACAAAGUGACCUUGUUGAUGAUACCUCAGAGGAACUGAAACAAUAUUCCAAUGAAUUUGGGCAGCUGGCUGUUGAGCUAUUAGAGCAGUCAUUCCGACAAGAUGAAACGAUGGCUAUGAAGUUGCUAACAUACGAACUGAAGAACUGGAGCAAUGCCACCUGCCUUAAACUAGCAGUGUCUUCACGUCUUCGCCCUUUCGUAGCUCAUACCUGCACACAGAUGUUGUUGUCUGAUAUGUGGAUGGGAAGGCUAAACAUGAGGAAGAAUUCAUGGUACAAGGUGAUACUGAGUAUUUUGGUUCCUCCUACCAUACUAAUGUUGGAAUAUAAGACCAAGGCAGAGAUGUCGCAUAUUCCUCAGUCUCAAGAUGCGCAUCAAAUGACAAUGGAAGACAGCGAAAACAACUUCCAGAACAUCACUGAAGAAAUACCAAUGGAAGUUUUCAAAGAAGUAAGGAUCAUGGACAGCGCUGAAGAAAAGCACGACAUGGAGACCGUGAUAAAGCCCAAGAGGCUUCCCAUCACACGAAAGUUUUAUGCCUUCUAUCAUGCCCCUAUAGUGAAAUUCUGGUUCAACACGUUAGCCUACUUGGGAUUUCUGAUGCUUUAUACCUUUGUGGUUCUUGUGAAAAUGGAGGAGCUACCUUCCGUUCAAGAAUGGAUUGUCAUUGCGUACAUUUUCACACUAGCUAUUGAGAAGAUUCGUGAGAUCUUUAUGUCAGAGGCUGGCAAGAUUAGUCAGAAGAUUAAAGUGUGGUUCAAUGAUUACUUCAACGUCAGCGAUACAAUAGCCAUUAUCACGUUCUUCAUUGGUUUUAUACUAAGAUUUGGAGCAAGAGGGAAAUUCAGUGAAAAUACUUAUGAAGUAAAUUAUGUUUUUGUUGCCGGAAGACUGACUUACUGUCUGAACAUAAUCUUUUGGUAUGUGCGGUUAUUGGAUUUUCUGGCUGUAAAUCAACAUGCUGGCCCUUAUGUCAUGAUGAUUGGGAAAAUGGUGGCCAACAUGUUUUACAUUGUUGUGAUUAUGGCGCUGGUUCUGCUCAGUUUUGGUGUCCCCAGGAAGGCCAUACUUUAUCCUAACGAAGAACCAUCUUGGGUGCUAGCAAGAGAUAUUGUGUUUCAACCCUACUGGAUGAUCUUUGGUGAAGUUUACGCUUAUGAAAUUGAUGUAUGUGCAAAUAAUUCUGAAGUUAAAUCACUCUGCGUGACAGGAGCAUGGUUGACACCUUUUCUUCAAGCCGUCUACCUUUUUGUGCAGUAUAUUAUUAUGGUCAACCUCCUCAUUGCCUUUUUCAAUAAUGUAUAUUUACAAGUGAAAGCCAUUUCCAAUAUUGUGUGGAAAUACCAGCGUUACCAUUUUGUUAUGGCGUAUCACGAGAAACCGAUCCUCCCUCCACCUCUCAUCAUCCUUAGUCACAUGGCUUCCCUGUUCUGCUGCAUAUGCAAACAAAGGAAGAAAGACAAAACUUCCGAUGGACCAAAACUUUUUCUAACGGAAGAAGAUCAAAAGAAGCUCCAUGAUUUUGAAGAAUUAUGUGUUGAGAUGUAUUUCAACGAAAAGGAUGACCAGUUCCAUUCUGGAAGUGAAGAAAGAAUCAGAGUAACAUCCGAACGCGUUGAGCAAAUGUGCAUCCAGAUCAAAGAGGUUGGCGACCGAGUCAACUACAUCAAGCGUUCUUUGCACUCUCUGGAUAUACAAAUAGGACACUUGCAGGACCUCUCUGCUCUGACGGUGGACACUCUGAAAACAUUAACUGCGCAGAAGGCUUCGGAAGCGAGCAAAGUCCAUAACGAGAUAACACGGGAACUGAGCAUUUCGAAGCAUCUGGCCCAGAACCUCAUCGACGAUGGUCCCUUGAGAUCUUCCAUGUGGAGGAAGCACAGUAUUGGCAACGUGUUUGGAUCUUCCUUUCCUCAAGGAGCCCUCGACAGUAAUAAUGCAGUCCUCUGCAACAUUUCUAUGCAAGGCGAAAGAGAUUCUGGACACAAGUUUAUUGGUCUCCCCAAAGGGGAUGAAUUCAGCUUUCCAGGGGCAGGUUCCUCGGGCAGUGCCUUAGUCCCAAGAACUCUUUCUCCUCCCGAACUUCGCCAGAGAAUACAGGGUACGGACGUGUCAAGACAUAGUAAUAAAAAUAAAAAGACGGGCAAUUCUUUAAACAGUAUGCCCCAUCUAACAUCUCCAACAGCUAAAUUUUCCAUCAGCACACCUUCUCAGCCAAGCUGUAAAAAACAGUUAGAACACAUUGUAACCAACGAGGAGGUGGCUGUCCCGAAAGCUGCUGAGGGAGAGAACGCGGUUGAGUUUGGCGCAUUUGUGGGUCACAGAGACAGCAUGGAAUUGCAACGAAUUAAAGAGACAGAGGCCAAGAAUAAAGAAAAAAGUGAUGAUAUUAAGGAGCAACAGGAAGGCUUCAGAAGAGCAAUUUUGGAAGUAAUGGAAACAGCAAAGGAUCAGGGUAGUAGUCAUACAGAAGGCAACCUGAGGCCUGUUAGUUCAAGUUGUGGCUUUGCUGAUGAUCCCAGAAGCUCAUCAACAGCACACUCUGAGCAAAUGCACAAUAAGAGUAGGAGAACUUCAGUUGAAGACUCUCAUGCAGUGGAUUCCAAGGCAGCCUUGCUCACAGAUUGGUUACCCUCCUAUAGCAAUCAAAUGUCUUCUGAGGAAGAUGCAUUGAAUGGUAUCGCUUCUCCUUUUAAGCCCAUCAUGGAUACCACCUACUAUUACUCAGCUGUUGAAAGGAAUAAUUUGAUGAGGUUGUCUCAAAGUAUACCAUUCACACCUGUGCCUCCAAGAGGUGAACCAGUCACUGUAUAUCGUCUUGAAGAAAGUUCUCCAGGCAUGUUGAACAACAGCAUGUCUUCCUGGUCUCAGCUGGGUCUCUCUGCCAAAAUUGAAUUCUUAAGUAAGGAGGAGAUGGGGGGAGGCCUGCGGCGAGCGCUCAAAGUGGUCUGCACCUGGUCGGAGCAUGACAUCCUGAAAUCGGGCCACCUUUAUAUCAUCAAAUCCUUUCUCCCUGAAGUGGUCAAUACUUGGUCAAGCAUUUACAAGGAAGACACCGUCUUACACCUGUGUCUGAGAGAAAUUCAGCAGCAGAGAGCGGCCCAGAAGCUCACGUUUGCAUUCAAUCAGAUGAAGCCCAAAUCAAUCCCCUACUCUCCAAGGUUCUUGGAAGUCUUCCUCUUAUAUUGCCAUUCUGCUGGGCAGUGGUUUGCAGUGGAGGAGUGCAUGACUGGCGAGUUUAGAAAAUACAACAACAAUAAUGGGGAUGAAAUAAUUCCGACCAACAUGCUGGAAGAGGUCAUGUUAGCCUUCAGCCACUGGACAUAUGAAUACACUCGAGGAGAACUCCUGGUCCUUGAUUUGCAAGGUGUUGGGGAAAAUUUGACAGACCCCUCAGUGAUCAAAGCUGAAGAAAAAAGGUCAAGCGAUAUGGUGUUUGGUCCUGCAAACCUAGGAGAGGAUGCCAUCAAAAACUUCAGAGCAAAGCAUCACUGCAACUCAUGCUGUAGGAAACUGAAGCUUCCAGAUUUGAAAAGGAAUGACUACACACCCGACAAAAUCCUGCUGCCUCAGGACGAUUCUCCAGAACUGACCCUUCAGCCUGGGAGUUGCACCAAAGAGUCCUCGGCCUCUGCUCGUUCCAGUCACUUGAUGCUGUAGCGCUAUGCGCCGCUCUCUGGUUUUCAGAAGUCAACAGGGUUGGCUUUUUGGCCCUUCUUUUUCCUGCACGGUCAUUUGAUAGGAUGCUUCAUCAGAACAAACAGAGGAACCCCACAAAAGGCCCCCUGGAUAAGGACCACGAUGUCUUGGGGACUUCGGGACAGGAAAUUGGCCUGAAUGAGAUGGACCUGAGAGAAAUGGGGGAAUCCGCCGUGGAAGAGAAGCUGGCAAGGGAUCAUUUCCCACCCCCUGCUCUUUUUUAAAAAGCUGCAAUGGACUGAAGUCUUUAUGAAACAGCAUUUUUAAAAGAGGCAUUUUAGCAGAAAUGCCACGUUCCCUUUUAUCUUGGUCCGUGGUGGGGAUCUUCCCCCUGUGCUUUAACCCUCUAGUGCAAUAUGUCCUUACUUCCAGUAUGCCCUUAUCAAAUGACAUUUUUUGGUUUUGAUGGUUUUAAGGCAGAUUGCGUUCUGAGCUUUGCGGCAGCUGGUUUCUGCCACCUGGCUAAAGAAAUGGGAAGGAGCCCCACCCCACCCCCUUUCCCACAGAUACUGAAGGAUUCUUUGACCCUUUUCAGGCUGCUUCAGAUACAUACGCUCAGGUCAGGGCCGUGUACAAUCAAAGGUGGCCCCGUGGAUCGAACCUGCUCUGUCCGUCUUUCAUGCAUGCCAGUAAGCCGAGCUGGUCAGGCCUUGCUGGUCCUGAGCAAGAGGUGGUAAGUUUGUUUCCUGCAUCAGGAUUCAUCUUCAGAAGUAUGGAGCCAGUUCUCAUGGGGUGGAUUAUGCAUAAUGAAAUUAUUUUAGGGGAGGGGGGGGAAAGAGAAGAUGACACAUUUCACUUUUAUCAAGUCAAUGUCAACUGGUUCUAAAGCCUCAAAGGUGUAGGGGGGGGCGGGGGGGGAUAUGGUUUAUUCACACUUGAACAGCAGAAUGAAAUAGGACAGAAAGCUGGCCUUGGAUGCAACGUUGCCUUGCAAAACAAGCAGGGGUUUGGGGGUCGCUGUCAUUUUUUGUUGGCUUGGUUUACCUAGCAGCUGCUUCAGGACACUUGCCUUCCAAAGAUGUCCUAAGACCAGGAUGGAUGAAAUGCUGAAUAUACCUGUGAAUUUCUUAGGGCCCUUUGUGGUGUGACCCACCUGCACGAUGGGGUUGGGGUGGGAUUGGCCUCACCCUGUUCUUCCUGUCCCUGCUGCUCGAGAAGCAUCAGAAGCUCCAGGCCGAGAGAGGUGGCAUUCGGUGCUGGGGCUUCUUGGCUCCAGGGGUGUUGCCACCCCUUCCGCCAGAAGCCACGUUCGUGCAGGAAAAGAACUCCACGGAGUGUGUGCCUCUCCAGAGCCCAAGGGUCUUCUCACAGCCGUCUGGGGCGCUCCGUCCCGUGUCACCCAAAGUAACAUUGGAAGGGCCCCCCUCCGAGUUAAUAUUUAAUAUUGUGUGAAAACACCUUUUAAUGUUAUGUUAUAUAUGGAACUUAUUUAAAAGAAUAUAAAAUAGGGUUGGAUUGACUUUAUGUAAUGUACGGGAGAUUGCAAUGCAACUUUAUGCCAAUAAAAUGUAAUUUAUCUGUCCCAGAUUUGUUGAAUAUUCAACAAGAACCCAUUGUCCAACUGAAGUUUCAUGCUGCAACUUGUUUUUUUUUGUUUUGUUUUGUUACAUAGGUACGGAUUGUAAUUCUUAAUUGAAAGGCAUCAUAAACGCCCAGUAAUUCUUUUUUUAAAAAAAUCUGUAGUGUAUCUUAUAGAUACAGACGUUAUGGCACGAACACAGUAGCUGUUUAAAUGGUGGUUUAUGUCGCUGGGGGAGGAAAGGUAUAGUGUAUUAAAGAUAUAAAAAUGUAUACAUUUUGUAUAUCAAUAAAUCUUUAAGCAAUCCCAAAUAAAUUUAUUCUUGUCUAGA